AUGCAAGCACCACAACGACCUGUUCAAAGACGAUCUCCAGCUUCGGAUUCCCCUGGACCACCACCGACAAUAUCUGCCAGGGCUAUAUCUCCAAGUUUGGGCCCUCAGCCAAGGAAUUCCACAGCAUCAACCAGAUCUGUCCAGAGCAAUCAUUCAGGAAGAAGACAGAAUGGUGGUCAACCUCCGACAAGCAGUAGUGGUCAAAGUGGUCAAAGUGGUCAAAAUCCCCCACCAUUAUCUCAGAUCGAAAAGAGUGUAACGCAUCUCCUCGUCGCAACGAAACAACUUCUCGAAACACUUACACAAUGGUCUCGGCAUCAAGCGACAGAUGCACAAGUUUCAGAUGUAUACGUGCGUUUGGGGUAUGAGUUCAAUAUUGCUUGUAGGGCAUUUACCGCAAUCAAUGUUGAUACUUCGGAUUUGGGAAAUGUACCAGAGCUACUUCGGCAUAUACUGGAAUCGACGCUCAGUCAAGAAGCAAGUGUUGAGAGCUUGGAGAGAUAUCUACCGCGAAUUAGAGAUAUAAUCAUUACACUGCUCCAUGGUUUGAAGCGAAAGCAACAGAAGCUGCGACAAAAGCAAGGGAGAGAUAGCGCAACACAAAAUGGAGAAGCUAUACCUAGAAAUGGAAGCUUCAGCAGUAUUGCGAGCAAUAGCACUGGGCUGACGACUUUAUUAAAUCAAGGGUUGGAAAAUAAUUUUCAAGGAGAUCCGGGUGCACCGAAUGACCGAGGAAGCAAAACACAGGCUAACACCGACUCAAUCCUACCCCCACGAAUGUCAUCAGCCUCAGGAUCCUCAAACCGAAGGGCUGCUCCUCCACCAAGAGAUGCAUCUCGAGGUUCAAUAUCUUCAGAUCAAUCUACCCUGUCAAGUACAACUAUGCAGAGCAUUCCUGUUGUUCCACCUUACCCCGGAGAUGAAGUUACUCUAUCAAUGCCACGUCCAAUAGAUGGUGAUCAUUUGACUGUCGACAAUUUUCCACCACCUCCACCACCACCAAAAACAAAUGCUGCAUUGGCCGCUCUACAGAGAGGAGGAGAUUUGGAAAGACGAGCUUCAAGACGUUAUUCUGCCUAUCAAAUCUCGAAACUUGUUGGUGCAUCUCCAAAUGGAGUUCCAAUGCUUCCUGUUCCACAAAAUUCACCAAUACCAAACAGGGGACGCAAUGAUGCUCGAGAGUCUUUGAGAGCUGUUCAGAACCGUGAUUAUCGUCUUGGUCGAACAAAUUCCCGUUUGAUCCAGACUGAACUAUCUCCAGUCCGAAAGCCAAGCAUGAUCGCUGAAGAGACUCAGGAGACUUCAUUCCAGCAGCCAGAAGAACCAAUAUUGAAUGAUAGCCCUACAGUCAAGACUCCAGAAGAUAAGUUAAGACAGUCUUUCAUUGACUAUGAUGGACCAAGUGCAACACUCAAUGGACCACAUCCUGAUGUUCUCACAUCCUUCGAUAAUCAUAAUCAAGAUGAAGACAAACCUGCAUCUGAACCUCCUCAAGCUCCCGAACACAAGCAAUCUACUACUAAGAGAGAAAGUCCUAUUUAUGACAGCCAAUCAAGACAAUUUACACCGGAAGAAUCUCCACCUCCCCCGGAUAAAGAGAUUACAGUUUUCUUACAAUACAAGACCAAGGUUAAGAAGUUUGUCCUUGCUGAUGGCUACAAGGAUCUGUCUAUGGCAAGAUUACAAUUGGCUUUCAUUGAGAAGUUCGCCUGGAAUACCCACAACAAUGGCGUUGAUCUUCCUGAGAUAUACAUACAAGAUCCAGUGUCUGGCGUUCGACAUGAACUGGAAGAUCUCCAUGAUAUCAAAGAUCGUGCUGUACUUGUACUAAAUGUGGAGGUUCUGGACGAAGUCAAGCGACACAUUGAUGAUAGUCUAGGAGGAUUGAAGAAAAUGGUUGAGAGUGUCAAAACAGCAGUAGAUGAUCAGCAAGUUACUAUUCAGAGGGUCUCCGAUCGCCAACAAGACGCUGCAAAAGAAAUGGCUCGAAUCGCAUCUGCACCACCUGGCUCGUCAAGACUUUCCAUGAUCGAUACUGGACGAGUCACCAAUGGCAAUAACUCCAGCCCAUCGAAAGUCAACGAUCAAGCGCAACUUUCCGAGAUUCAAAGCCUUCGCCGCGAUCUCGCAGUACUCCGACAAACCUAUUCAGGCUUCCAAUCCGACAUUCAGAGUUCCAUGGCUUUGAUCCGCACAAAGGCUAGCUCAGUCAAGAGCGUUGCUGUUAAAGCUGUCAUUCCAGAUAUCAAUGGUGACUCCGGACGUUCCUAUGUCAAUGGUGGAAAGAAAAACCUUGGUGAAGAAUCCGACAAAUUGGUUGCGCAAGUUGAUGAUCUCCAAGAUAUUGUUGAAGAUCUACGAAAGGAUGUUGUACAACGUGGUGUGCGACCUCUUCCUAAGCAAUUAGAGACUGUGGCCAAGGAUAUCUCACAAGCUACGAUGGAACUCAAGAGGAUGCAAGAUUUCUUGAAACGUGAGAGACCAAUCUGGACCAAGAUUUGGGAGAAGGAAUUGGAGACAGUUUGCAAUGAUCGUGAAGAGAUUACUAUGCAAGAAGACCUUGCAGCAGAUCUUCAAGAUGAUUUGGAAAAGGCCGCACAAACCUUUGCACUGGUGGAACAAGCUACCAAGGAACAGUUGAAGGAAGGAUCACCAAGCCAAGUUGGUACUGGCCGAAGUCUUUCCAAGGUCCUCAACCGUUUAGAUCUAAUGGAUCCUGCAACAGCGAAGGAAGGUGUCCUUGACGAAGUUCGUGCGUUACAACCAAAUCACGAGAAUCGCCUAGAAGCUAUUGAGCGCGCAGAAAAACUUCGACAAAAGGAUCUUGAAAGUCGUCGAGGCAAUGUGCUACAAAAGGAAUUAACCACUUUUGUUGAAGAAGGAAAGUUGAAGAAAUCUGGGGGUUUCGAGGAGGUCGAAAGACAAAGAAUUGCAAAAGACGCACGGAACAGAAGAGAAGUCUGGGAGCGCCAGAAUGGAAUGACGCAGGCGGAUGCGAAUCUUGAGGGUGUGGAUGAUCCUGCAGUCGAGGAAGGCACAGAUGCAGAUAGGAUGGAGGAUGAAGUUGCAGAAAGCUGA